ACUCCUCUGGAGGACUUGGGCCAGGGCUUUGUGGGUGAUGUUUGGGAUCUUCCGGGGCAGAUUCUUCCACCCCAUGCUGGGGACAGAUUCCUGCAACCUCUUUAGACCAGAAGCAGCCACCUUGGCCCGCGGAACUCUGGGGGCCUGGGAGUCUUUGGGGGCUUGGCUGAAGCUGCCGCAUGUCUUGAAGUCUUGCCCCCAAGGCCCGGACCCUUACUUGCAUACACAGAAGUGAUGCAACGAACAGUUCUGACCCACGCCGCUUGAAGCCCCAGGACCAAUAAUCCUAUUCCGUCUCUCAGCCUCUACUGUGGCCUGGGGACAGGAGUAGAUGGCUCAGCUGAGAGCAGGAACAAGGAGCGAGCCAGAGGUUCCCACCCUCUUCGUCUGAGCAGCGGCUCCGAAAGUCCGCGCUAGUGCCUGGACCCGGCAGUUCUCUGGCCGCGGGUGCUACAGGCCUGUAGCGCACACUCCCGGGGCAGCGCAAGUGUGGGGCUCCCGGACUCAGAGGCUGAGCCCUGCCCAGAAGCUCAUGGAGCUCCCAGCCUGUGUCCGCACCGCUCGCAGGCUCCUUCCGGACGUGUAGGGCGCCGCCCCGCCCAGCACCAUGGCCCACGGUUUUGCGGUGGGCUUCGACCCACUGGGCUUAGGAGACCUCAGCUCCGGCUCUCUGAGCUCCCUCUCCUCCCGAGGCCACCUGGGCAGCGACUCGGGCUCCACCGCAACGCGAUACCUGCUGAGGAAGCAGCAGCGGCUGGGGGAUGGGCGCCCUUUGCCCAUGGGGAGAGUCACCCUCAUCAACUCCCCCAUCGAAGCCAACAGUGACGAAAGUGACAUCAUCCACGCGGUCCGGGUGGAGAAGAGCCCUGCGGGGAGGCUGGGGUUCAGCGUGCGAGGGGGCUCGGAGCACGGCCUGGGCAUCUUCGUCAGCAAAGUGGAGGAGGGCAGCAGUGCGGAGCGGGCCGGCCUGUGCGUGGGGGACAAGAUCACGGAGGUGAACGGGCUGAGCCUGGAGAGCACCACGAUGGGCAGCGCCGUGAAGGUGCUCACGGGCAGCGGCCGCCUGCACAUGAUGGUGCGGCGCAUGGGCCGGGUGCCGGGCAUCAAGUUCUCCAAGGAGAAGACCACGUGGGUGGACGUGGUGAACCGGCGGCUGGUGGUGGAGAAGAGCGGCUCCGCGGCCUCCGACAGCAGCUCCGAGGCGGGCGCGCGGCGCAUCGUGCACCUCUACACCACGUCCGACGACUUCUGCCUGGGCUUCAACAUCCGCGGCGGCAAGGAGUUCGGUCUGGGCAUCUACGUGUCCAAGGUGGACCAUGGUGGGCUGGCGGAGGAGAACGGCAUCAGGGUGGGAGACCAGGUCCUGGCGGCCAACGGCGUCAGGUUCGACGACAUCAGCCACAGCCAGGCGGUGGAGGUGCUGAAGGGCCAGACGCACAUCAUGCUGACAGUCAAGGAGACCGGCCGCUACCCCGCCUACAAGGAGAUGGUCUCUGAGUACUGCUGGCUGGACCGCCUGAGCAACGGGGUGCUGCAGCAGCUGUCCCCCGCCUCCGAGAGCAGCUCCAGCGUCUCCUCGUGUGCCUCCAGCGCCCCCUACAGCUCGGGCUCCCUGCCCUCCGGCUGCCUGGAUGUCUGCCUGGGGCCGGAGGAGCUGGGCAGUCCCGGCCCAGGCUGGGGACGCGCGGACACCGCCAUGCAGACCGACCCUGACGUGGGGGGCCGCGUGGAGACUUGGUGCAGCGUGCGGCCCACAGUCAUUCUCCGGGACACGGCCAUCCGAUCCGAAGGGCCCCCGCCUGCCCGCCGCCUGGACUCAGCACUCUCGGAGUCCCCCAAGACGGCCCUGCUGCUGGCCCUCAGCCGGCCCCGGCCCCCCAUCACACGCUCCCAGAGCCACCUGACCUUGUGGGCCCCCUGGGUGCUCCCUCGUGUCUGCAGAGGAGAAGAAGCAGCGGAAGAAGGAGAAGUCUGGGUUCCCUGGGGAGAAGGGUGCCCUGCAGCGCUCCAAGACGCUGAUGAACCUCUUCUUCAAGGGAGGGCGGCAGGGGCGACUAGGAGGGGACGGGUGCAGAGAGGCCUGGACCCUGGACAGCGGGAGCCCGGCCAAGGCCCGCCCUUGCCUGGACCUGGAGAAAGGUGAGCCGGGGCUAGG